ACAAUUUACCCAAUAUUUGAACAUGAAACAAAAACCGACUCUCAUAAAAUCACAAAAUCAAAUCGAAAAACCUUAAUGAGACUAUACUAUAUUUCCCCUUGUAUUCAUUUUAUAAAUAAAUAUAUUUCAGUUCAGGUCUAGGGUUUAACGAAAAUGGCGAUGACACAGUGGUGGAGAAUGAUGACGAUGGCUGCUGUGGAACAACGAAUGACGUACUCAUCAGCUGCGAUGGGAGGUCCGAUCCUGUGUGGUCGAGGGGACAAGAGGACAAAGAAAGGGAAGAGAUUCAAAGAUUCAUAUGGAAAUUCGAGACCUAAAAAGGAGAAGAAGAUUGAACGCAUUAAGGAUAAAGUUGAGGUUCCCAGGUCUACCCCUUGGCCUCUUCCCUUCAAAUUAAUCUGACUGUACCCCUUGGCCUUGUUUUGUUUUACUAUGAAUGUAUUCACCUCUUAAGACGUUUAGGUGUUCAGUCUUGUGUUUCAGUUCUUUUGUUCAAGCUUUGCAUACAAAGGUUAUGGCAUUCUAGAAUUAGGAUUUGAGAAUAAAUUGCUGAAUUAUACUAUUGGUUAUUUGAUGUCGAAACUCAUGAAAUUUGCUGGAUUUAGUUGGGGUUAGCUAUGUGAAUCAUAGUUUUGACUAUUGACCUAAUGCCAAGACUCCUUUUUUUA